UUCUAAAUAAGACUAAGAUUUUCAUAGACGACCAUAAUCAACGGUUCCCGCGUAUAUAAAGACGUCAACUACAGUACUAACUUUAGUACAUCAUUCACUUUAUUUUAUUUGGACUAACCACUGACUAUUAAACACAUUCAUGAAUCAGGAUCUAUUUCAACCAAUAAUUCAUCAUUUAUAUCAAACUUUCCAACCAUUAUUGAAACGCUUUAUAUUCAUCCAUUCCUCCAUUAUUAUUCUUCUGCAACCCUUAAAAAAUACCCACCAUUCAUUCAUUCAUUCAUUCACUCAAUCACCUACUCCAUAAUCUAAGGACCUCCCAUUUUAUUUCCACCAUUAUUAUUCAUUCAUCUCUCAUUUUCUCAUUUUCAUCUAUUACGUACACAAAUGGCACCCGAAAUCGAAACCGGAACCGACAUCGACACCGAAACAACUCAUAUCUUAGUGAUCCCAUACCCAGCACAAGGUCAUAUGAUACCAUUAUUAGAUCUCACGCACCACUUGCUCUCCACGCGCCGCCUUACCAUCACCGUCGUAACCACCCCUAUGAACCUUCCUCUUUUAUCUCCUCUGCUUACUCUUUUUCCUUCCAAUAUUACCCCUCUUGUAUUACCCUUUCCUUGGGCUCCCGGAAUUCCCGCCGGAAAAGAGAAUACCAAGGACUUACCGCCGGCGAGUUUCCGGCAGAUUAUACCUGCUCUGGCGAAAUUGCGGGAUCCGUUAAGUCACUGGUUCGAAUCUCAUCCGAGUCCUCCUGUUGCGAUUAUUUCAGAUAUGUUUCUUGGUUGGACGCAUCGUUUUGCGGUUGAGUUGGGGGUUAAACGCGUCGUUUUUUCUCCUUCUGGGGGUAUGGCUUUAUCUGUGAUUUACUCCCUUUGGAAGGGUAUGCCUCAAGGAGGGGAUCAAAACGGUGACGUUUUGUUCGAGGAUGUGCCGAAUUGUCCGAAAUACCCUUGGUGGCAGCUGUCCCCGGUUUAUAGGUCUUACGUGGAAGGGGACCCGGAUUCAGAGUUGAUUAAGGAAGGGUUUUGGGAUGACAUGGCUAGUUGGGGGCUUGUGGUUAACUCUUUUGAUGGGUUGGAAAGAGUUUAUUUGGACCACUUGAGAGGUAGUAUGGGUUAUGAUGAUCGGGUUUGGGAUGUGGGCCCGUUGGUUCCCGGUAAGGGGUACAAGGAUCGAGGUGGAGCUAGUUCGAUUGAGGUGGAUAAGAUGUUGGCUUGGCUUGACACGUGUCGAGACAAUGAAGUGGUGUAUGUGUCGUUUGGAACCCAGGCUAUAUUAACAAGUCAACAAAUUGAGGUGAUCGCUGAAGGACUAGAAAGAAGUGGUGUUCGAUUUAUUUGGCCAAUAAGGGACCAUGUCACGACUAGGCAAAUGGAAGGAGACCGUGAGACGGUCAUGAACGGUUUUGAGGAUCGUAUGGCAGGUCGAGGGAUUGUCAUUAGAGGGUGGGCUCCACAAGUUGUGAUUUUAAGGCAUCGGGCCGUUGGCACAUUCUUGACUCAUUGUGGGUGGAACUCGAUUCUUGAAGGGAUUAUGGCUAGUGUAAGAUUGCUUGCUUGGCCAUUUGGUGCCGAUCAAUUUUCAAAUGCAACAUUGCUGGUGGACUACUUGAAAGUUGGAGUUAGAGUUUGUGAGGGAUCUAACAUGGUUCCUAAUCCAUGUGACUUGGCUCGAAUCUUAGCCGAUUUGGCUUAUCAAGACGAAGCUAGUAGACAAAAGAUCAUCAAAUUACAAAGUAAUGCAUUAGAGGCUUUAAGUGAGACUGGAAGUUCUUCCAAAGCCCUAUCUAGGUUUGUUAACGAGUUAUGUGAGCUAAAGACUAGUAGGCCUAAAAGUCACAUCAUUUCUCAUAACAAUCACGUUGAAUGAUUUGAAUGCUUAAUGUAAGACUAUUAUGUAUUUAUGUGAUAAUGUAAGUUAGUUGGUUAAAGUUAUGAAUUUUUUGAGGACGGAUAAUAUAAAUCUGUAAUUGGUUACAUCAUUAAUUCAUUAUGUAAUAAAUUAAUAAUAAAUUACUUUAUGGUAA